AAGAGAAGGCGGAGAUACAGAGAGAGAGAGAGUGAGAGAGAGGGAGUGAGAGAGAGAGAGAGAGAGAGAGAGAGAGGGGGGGGGAGUGAGAGAGAAGAGGGUGAGUUAGAGAGAGAGGAGCCAUUUUAUUUCGGAGGAGUCGUGGUAAUCAGAAGUGCUCUGAGCGUCGCCGAGGGCCAUUCCGCCUGCUGAGAACGGAGCUGAGCUGGAACUGAAAACCAACCGACCCAACGCCCUUGAACCCUGCUGAGGCUGAGCGCUGCUCACCAGAACCCACUCAGCCAGCUCCUUUACACCCGAACCCUGCGGAGCUGAGGCCCCAGAGCCGACUCCUACCCCCCCCCCCGCCCGCCCCCUACCCGGGAGAACAGGGAUACUUUCCGCCAUCUUCUGUACCGAACUCUGUCCUCAAACCCGAUCGCUCUCCUUUUGGAUGCAAACCGUCGGAGGAUAGAGCAGUCGGUGUGAACCUAUCUGAGGACAUAGGGGGCUGUGAGGAGAAGCGAGCGCAAGAUGAGUUUUGAGAGAAUGCCCCCCAGGUCGGAGGUGUUGGGAUGGAGCCCCCACUGCCUGGCCGACUUCCUCCGAAAGAUGAACCUUUCAGGGAGUGAUAAAGUAGUGCGCCAGUCCUCAAUGAAUGGAGCCAGGUUUCUGAACAUGACUGAAAACGAUGUAUUAAAGUUCCCAAAGCUACAUGCUCCGUUGAUAUCAAAGAUCUGCAGUGAGAUAAAUAAGAAAGACGGCGGUCGAGGACUGUUCAACAAAAAAACCACAACCCCAAAGUUCCAGGAACCAGUAAAUCUGCCCACAGAAACAACCGAUGGAAACCCCGGUUGGGAUGAUGAUGAGUUUAGCGACGAUGACUACGAGGACCCCGACCGGGACCUGGGGGACGAGGAGGGCAGCGGCGGGGACUACGAGUCGCCCACCGAGGACCAGGAGGACAACGACUACGAGCCCAACCCCUCGGAGGGACCCGAGGACUUCUCCCAGGUGGUGCGGGCCUCCCAGCCCGUCGACGAAGGGGAAUACAUAGAUAAUAUAAAUAACCAUGCAGCAUCCAGAGGUCCUCCCCCUAGCCCGAGCCCCCGACCCUUAACCCCCCCCACCCGUCUGGCUCCCUCCAAUCAGGUGUCUUCCCUUGAAAGACGGGAAAAAUCCCCAGGAAGAGCGAUGGGUCCCGUGGCUUCGCGCCCGCCGAUUGUGGAGCGGAGUAAGAAACCCACGCGGGAGAGAGGAGAAAGCCCCUCCCCUGUCCCGGGGGCCAAAUUCAACCCAAUGGAAAGGCCCAUCACAAACUCUGUAAGUACUCAGGAGAGGACUCCCAAGCCUCCGGCUUGGUCGAAUCAGCUGGGUCCUCCAGGCUCCUCUGCGUCAGUGGGUCGCAGCACCUCCGUGAAACCGCUCCCUGGCAGAUUCCCUUCUGAGACGAGGCGUGAGACGCAGAAUCAAGUGCCGGCUUCGAGGAACCACACCUUCCCGCUCCAGACAAAGGGAAUACCCCCUCGGCCUGGCAUCCCUGGCCUCCCCACGCGCCUCGCAGACAGCCUCCCCCUUGGCGUUCCAGCGAGCCUUUCACAAUCCUUCCAGCAUCCCAGCGCAAGGAGCAUAACCGUUAGCCGGAGCGCUUCCAGUGUGGGACGGAGCCCGCAUCCUAACCCCCCUCGACCAGGCUCGUUGGUGGUCUUGCCACACAGCCACGCUGCGCAGCAUAACCAGGACCUGGAUCCUUCUUGGUAUGUCGGUACAAUAAAACGAGAUGAUGCAGACGAUCGUCUUUGGAGGGUAAAUCAGGAUGGCUCCUAUCUGGUGAGGGACAGCACCCAAAAGAAGCCCCAGCAGCCUUUCACCCUGAUGGUCCUCUACCAGGACAAGGUGUACAACAUCCAGAUCCGCGUGCAGGACAAGCUGUACCUACUGGGCACAGGGAUCAAGGUCCACGAGGGCUUCUCUACGGUCCGGGCGAUGAUCAGUCACUACUCUAAGUUGCCCCUGCUCCUGAUUGACGCCAAAAACCGCGACACGACCCAGCAGAAGCAGUGCUUCCUGUCCUACCCAGCUGGGCACAUACGAACCUGACCAAUCAGACUCCAUCUCACCUGGUCAUGUGACCCACUAACAGAAAGUUAUUCGACAAAAAGAUCAAGUUAAAACGAGAAAAAACAAAUCAAUGUUAUUAAUAGGUCUUAGAUAGGUAAGCAAUUAGUUAAGACAGUCCUGUUAAGACAUAAACUAAGCAUAUGUUAAAUGACUCAGUGCUGGGGUCUAGGUUUGUAAUAUUCCUCCAAGUAGUGCAUUAUCUUGCACACGGGUUUGUUACUCCGCCCCCAGCCAAUGAACAUCAUGCUAUCGGGGUGCGAAGGAGAGCACUUCAGUGUUUCAGUAAGUCAGUAUUUAAUCAGUUCAAGUCAGAAUUUGUAAGAUCUCCUUUCAUGAUUUACCGAGACAGAAAACGGACAACCAAGCAAGUUCCGAGCUUUAAAAUCCUUUAAUAACGGUAACAAACAACCCUAGCUGUAAACUAUUAGAGUCUUCACACUGAGGUGAAACCUCUCUUAAGGCCUGGGGAGAAACCUCUCUUAAGUCCUUAAGUCGUUUUUUGGAGUAUCUGUACUUUACUUGUUUGUCUACUUUACCUUUUACUUCACUACAUAAGAAAAGGUUGGCCUACGUUGGCUCAUAUACAUUUGCUCCAACAAAUUCAUAGCUACUCACUGCAAAAUCAAAAGGUGUAUUUCUGUCUGAUCGUGCUAAAAGAUUGACUUUAGGGUGCUUUUCCAUUUCCUACAACAUAAAUAAUCUGAGUCUUUCCACCGGUGAGAUUCUUCUUGAAAGAUUAUGUAAAUAGUUUUGAUGCGACAAUUUUAUCCAUGUUUUUUCGCUUUUUCGUAUUACCUUUAUUGAUAUACCCUUUAACGUGUCGCAUAUGCGUGUGGAUAUCUGCUGAUCUAUAAUAAUAGAAGAUAGCAAUAGAAAAUUCACAACUGGAUGACUGUUAUCAGACCCCUGUGGCCACAAUUACCAAAGAUGUAUACUUUUAUACCUAAAUACUGUCUGCCUAUAAUCCAGAUAAAUACUUUUCGUACUUAAGUACAUUAUUUAUGAGUUACUUUAUGACUUUUAAUCAAAUGAUUUCCUUACAGAUGUUUUUAAUUUAUGCAUUAAUAUGUCAAAUGUAUUACCAUAUUUUUAUAAUUAUCUUAGUAUUAUAGUGACACAUUUUACCAUUCGAUUUCCCUAAUAUAUGGUUGUUCUGUUGUUGAGACCCUUCCCACCCAACAUCGCUCACUCAGGUCAAAGUAGCACAACUUAAUGAUUCCUCUUUACCCAAACUCCUGGUGGGAGCUUCAACAAGUACCUUGAUGCAUGUUUUCACUUUUCUGGCUACUUAGUUCAAAUAUGCCUGGGUCAUUUGCGAACAAGUCUUUCCUUGUCUUGAAUACACUUAAUAAACGGUACCUGAUAGGAUU